CUUAUGGGUGUGUUCUACCCUAUGCUUUUGGUUCCAGAUGUGCAUCCUCCUCCACCCCGUUUUUGGUUUAAUGACUAUGAAGAUAUGCUGGAAGAUACAUGGCAUAUGGAAUUUCCAAGAAGAAGUGAUAUGUCAGAUGGUUUGUAUUCCAGCAUUAAUGGUGGGUUCCCAAUGUGGGACAGCUACUCAUUUUUUCAAUCUAAACCAAAGAAAGAAGAUUGCAUUGGCCUUGCAGAAGCUAUCACAAAGAGCAUUCUUUCAACAGGGCGUAUAGACCUCCAAAGAAAAUUAUUUUGUAGCAUACAACUGGUUAGUUUCGGAGUUUGUGUAAAUUGCGCAGAGUACUACUUUACAUAUACUAGUUUUGGCAUAGAAUUAAUGAUACUGUUAUUUGUUUUAGUUUGGUGGUGUUGCUUUGACAGCUGGUCUCAUUUCUGCUGCAGAAGAGAGGUUUGUUUAACUCUUGCUUAUGUAGUAUUAAAGAAAGUACUAACUUAUAUAAUCUAUUAUGAUGCUUUAUACAUUACACAAUUUGAAGAGAUUCGUAAUUUAAGUCUGAACAAGCAGAAACACAUUACAAUAAGCUCUCAUCUUAAAAGUUAACCAGAAACGACAGCUACUUAGUGGUUUCAUCUGAGGGAAUAUACGAAAAGCUAACCGUGAGGCAUUCCAAAGGUUAUGAAAUGUUGAAGCUAUUCCCUUCUUGCGAUUAUCCAUCAGCCGAAUGCAUAGUAAAGACUGCCUUUGAAGAAGGCAGCAUGGAUAACUUGUCGACCAUUGUGGUUCCAUUGAAGUCAGCUGGUCUUCUGUA